AACAAUCUCGAGAUACUCAAAUGACUGUUGUGUUCAGACGCGUUUUAUUUCAUACACUGCACAGUGAAAGUUUAAGUAAGAGAGAAAAAUGCCGUUGGGCAUUGAUAGAACACAUUUUUAUGCAGAAAAGGUUAAGAAACAAGAGAAAGAUAUUCGUACCAAGGAAGAAAGAAUUGCACAACUAGAAACGGAAAAUGCUAUGCUCUAUCUAAAGUUGGCCCAGCUACAUGGGACAGUGCAGAGUGUCAGGCAGGAGAAUUCCUCGUUGAACGACCAUGUGGAGUCGGAACAAACUUUUCGUAAAGAUGUCUCUGACAAAGCAUCAGUAUUACAGAGAGAACUGGAGACAAUCAGAAGUGAUCUCCAAUCUGUUCAGUCUAUUGCUGUUGAUAUACCAGAGCAGUUUGAAAGAUACACAUCCCAAGCCAACAAGGUCAUGCAGCGACAUCGGCAGGUAUUUCAGUCCCAGAGUUCCAACAUGACCUCUCUGCAAUCCCAGGUCACCAGCAUGGAGCUAGCUCUACAAGAGAUCACGGAGCGCCAUGCCAAAGAAAAGAAACGGCGACAGGAAUUACACAACAUACUUAUGGAGUUGCGAGGGAAUAUAAGGGUCCACUGUAGAAUUCGGCCUCUGAUGGAGUUUGAUUGCGGCAAUGAAGAUCAAGGCUCUUUGGGAAAGUCUGGAACUCGUUCCGAGGUGGUGGUUCAUUUUGUGGAUGAUGAGAAUGUCUGCUGUCGUACAGCAAAACACAACAAAGUCUUUGAAUUUGAAAGAGUAUUUGGCCCGACAGAGACUCAGAAUGGAGUGUUUGAUGAGGUUCAGCCAAUGUUAACGUCACUGCUAGAUGGGUACAACAUCUGUAUUAUGGCGUACGGACAGACAGGGAGUGGUAAGACCCACACCAUGCUGGGGAGUCAUAAAAACGAGGACUACAACCCCUCCAGGGACCCCCACAGAGACGAGGGGGUCAUACCCAGGGCAGCACGGGAACUGUUCAGGUUGAUAUCUGAGAAACAAUCAGGUACACAUAAAGUGGAGGUGUCUGUCUUGGAGAUUUACAAUAACGACAUCCGAGAUCUCCUUAGCAACGACCCCAGUAUCAAGCACGACAUCAACACCAGCGCCGACGGAUCCGUCAGUGUUCCAACACUCGCAUCAAAACAGGUGGACACAGUGUAUGAUGUCAUGUGUCUCGUUCAGCACGGCCUCCGCACGCGCAGAGAAUCGGCCACCAUGGUCCACGAACACUCCAGUCGCUCCCACCUAGUGGUGACCUUGACCGUCAUUUCUCAAGCUCCCAGCUUUUUCUCCAAGACCUCAUCAGGAUCAUCUCAAGAUUUGGAUUCUCCAAGGUCACCAAAUUCACCAAGGUCGUCCACAAAAAAUAUCAAGGAAUGCUUCAAUUAUUUGCCCUCAAAUCUCAAAGUCAUGCAGCGUGAUUUAAGGGGGAGAUCACUCUCAGCAUCAUCUGCUCCUAAUCUCGGCAGCCUUUCCAACACAUGGUCCGGCUCUGACCAGUCAGCUACUUCUGGUGCCCCUGGAAUGGGGGCGGUCAUCCGCACCAAGUUACAACUGGUUGACUUAGCGGGAAGCGAGUGUGUGGGAAUGAGUGGGGUGAAGGGAGCAGCACUAAGGGAGGCGUCCAACAUCAACAAGAGUCUGUCUGCGCUGGCUGAUGUGCUGGGGGCGCUGGCAGAACACCGAUCUCACGUCCCCUACAGGAACACCCGCCUUACCCAUCUCCUCCAGGAUUCCAUUGGUGGAGAUGCUAAACUGUUGGUGCUGUUAUGUGUCUCACCAGCUCACCGUUACAUCACCGAGUCUCUACAGUGUCUCGGGUUUGGAACUCGCGCUCGCCAGGUUCAGAGAGGCCCAACCAAGAGACGGUUGCCAUCCUCUGCUGAGAAAGUGGAGACUUCCAGUGUUCGCCCCAGAUCUGCCUCCACCAAUGUCGGACCUAGCUUUAUCCCAAAACCAACGUGAUCUGACGUACAUUCAAUCUAAUAUUUUUUUUAUGUGCAUCUCAAGCUUAGCACCUGUUGAAGCAUCUCAUUAUUAGUAUUCCAAAUGAGUACAACAUCUGUGAUAUUUAUAUGAUCUGUGAUAUUAAUCAUACUUCAGGAAAAUGUAUGAUUAUUAAAGUUGAUAGCCAUUUGUGUUAUUAAUCUUGCACGAAAAUCUGGCAGCUGUUUGCAGGUAUGUUAUGCACUGUACAUGUAGAUUUUAGGAGUUUGUAAUUCCUGACCCCAUAUCAUCCCUCUCCCACUCAAAUUUUAUUUACCAUGUAGUUCUAGAUAUGAAAAAAAAACUUUUUAAAAGUAAUCUCCCUUCAGAGUGCCUUGUUCAAUGAUUUGUUGAAGUUUGCAAUACGUACAAUAAAUAAAAAGAUUACAACUUUG